CCGACACCUAAAUGCUUCCGUCUAGAGCUGCCCACUGCUGGCGUAAACACUCAUUAUGAAAUAACAGUGGACGUGUUAUAGUGUAGCCGGUGUAUUUGUAAUUUAACAGGCUUUACAGAGGGUUCAGGAUGCAUUCGCGUAUGUUAUUCAAAGGCACAGCUGCAGCUAUUGCUGCGAGAAGGAUUCGCCAUAUACUGGGGCCCGUUUUGUCCAAAGAAGGUUGGAAGUGCAGCGCACAUGAGGUCAAACUCCUCAACACCUCGUCAGGAUUGUUUGUAAGUGGAUACUCCAGAUAUGAUAUACAGUGGGAAUUAACAAAGCGAGAAGUGGAAUAUGUUGCCCUGUCCAGAGAUACUACUGAGACUGAUCUCAAACAGCGCAGAGAGAUCCGGUCUGGAACUGCCUUUUACAUCGACCAGGAGCACACUAAAGAUGAGCUGGAUGCGUGGAAAAUCGUUCGGGUGAGUGAGGAUUUUCGAGUCAUUGCUCUAGGCCUGCCUGUUCCCCGAUACAAAGGAAACCCGCUGGAUCCACCUCUCCGCUCCCGCUUCCAGGCCAGAGACAUCUACUACCUUCCCUUCAAGGACCAGCUAGAGCAUCUAUACAGAAUUGGACCAAAUGUGCCUCCUGAAAGGGUGUCCCAGCUCUUGUCUUUGGCCACUACACUUUGUUCUCAAGAGUCUGCCAGCUUAAGUCUGCCUGAUUUCCCUAUGGACAAUCUUCCAUCUGCCCUCGCGGUUCUAAACCUGUUCCCCAUGCUGUCAGCGCAGCAGCUGGUCCAGAGGCUUUACCCGUACGAGGUCAUGCUGGGAAAUGAAGGCCGUACCGCCGUUGAAGGGGUGCUCCGUAGGUUUGAGUUGACUGAUGGGAGCACGAAACCUUCUCCGACUGCAGUGCUGAGCGUUGAGUCUGUGAUUGGAGAUCACGCAGGACAGGCAGCUAUCACCCUCAACAUAGCCAACCAGAACAUCACCUUUCAGGUUCCUUCAGGGACGCGGCCAAGUCGCCCACCCAACAGCAGUCCCGCGUUCAUCGGCACCCCCACCCACGACCGCUUGCUGGCCGAGAUGAUGCAGUCCCACCUCGUCAAAGACAUUUGUCUGAUCGGAGCCAAGGGUUGUGGCAAAUCCGUGAUUGCAAGGGAAUUUGCUGACAUGCUGGGCUACAGCAUUGAACCAAUUAUGCUUUAUCAGAAAAUGGUUGUCUCUCAGCUAUUGUCAAUUUGGUUGCUGCAUGACCGUGAGCUGGCUCUGUAUGACGGGACUCGACUACUGAGGUGGGACCGUUACCAGACUCUAAAAGACGAGCUACAGCUCACAGACCAGGAGCUGCAAGACAGAUCCAUCUUCCCAGUCCAUCCGUCAUUCCGGAUCAUCGCUUUAGCGGAGCCGCCUCAGGUCGGGAGCACCACGCAGCAGUGGCUCGGCCCGGAGAUCCUCACCAUGUUCCUCUUUCACACCGUCAAACCACUGGCCAAGGCUGAGGAAACGGCUGUUAUCCAGGGCAUGAUCCCAAAUGUUCCCAAAGAAGCAGUGGAGCAGCUGCAACACCUGACUCACAGUCUGAGAAAAUCCAACGAUCCUACGGCCCUGUCUCUUGCUUCUUCGUUGUCCACCAGGCAGCUGCUGAGAAUCUGUCGGCGUCUUUCUCAGUAUCCACAGGAGAGUGUUGCUCACGCUGUGAACAAAGCCUGUCUGUCCAGGUUUCUGCCCAGCCUGGCUCGCUCGGCUCUUCAGAAGAGUCUGGUGAACUGCUCAAUAGAGGAUCAGCCUGACCCAGCAUCAGAACAGAGUCAUCUCUACACCUGCACAGUAAAAGAUGGACUUCUGACCAUAGGGAACGUCUCGGCUCCUGUGUACAGCACUGAUGAGAAGAUGAAGGUCCCGGAUGUGCUCUUUUAUGAGAACGUUCAGCACAUGAUGGUGAUGCAGGACAUGCUGAAGGACUUCCUGUUGGGGGAACACCUGCUUCUUGUGGGCAACCAGGGCGUUGGGAAAAACAAGAUUGUUGAUCGAUUCUUGCAUCUGAUGAACAGACCAAGAGAAUAUCUUCAGCUUCACAGAGACACUACAGUCCAGACUUUAACACUGCAGCCCUCUGUGAGAGAUGGCAUCAUCAUCUAUGAAGACUCUCCAUUGGUUAAAGCUGUGAAGAUGGGUCAUAUCCUGGUAAUAGAUGAAGCUGAUAAAGCUCCCACAAAUGUCACCUGUAUCCUGAAGACAUUGGUGGAGAGUGGAGAGAUGAUCCUGGCAGAUGGAAGAAGAAUAGUGUCAGAUCCACUGGAAGCAGCCGGAAGGCCUAAUGCCAUUCCCAUGCAUCCAGACUUUCGUAUGAUUGUUUUAGCAAACCGACCUGGCUUUCCGUUUUUGGGAAAUGACUUCUUUGGAGCACUUGGGGACAUAUUUAGCUGCCAUGCAGUGGACAACCCCAAACCUCAGGCUGAGUUUGCCAUGCUGAAGCAAUAUGGGCCUGACGUUCCUGAUGCAAUCCUCCAGAAACUGGUGGCUGCAUUCGGAGAGCUCCGGGCCAUGGCUGACCAGGGAACAAUCACCUACCCCUACUCUACACGAGAAGUGGUCAACAUCGUAAAACACCUGCAGAAAUUUCCAGAAGAGGGCCUGGCCAACGUGGUGAGGAAUGUGUUUGACUUUGACUCCUAUAACAAGGACAUGCGUGAGGUACUGAUCACAGCGCUGCACAAGCACGGCAUUCCCAUCGGAGCCAAACCCACCAGCGUGCACCUGGCCAAGGAGUUACCAUUGCCAGACUGUAAGAUGGCGGGUUACUGGACCAUCAAUCAGGGUGGAAGUACACGACGAAAGCUGCUGUGUCCAACAGAGUCCCAUCGGAUAGAUGUCAAGGGCCCUGUGUUUCUGCGGGUUCAGAGUUAUCCUUCUGAGAGGCACGAGUCCAGAUCUAUGAGCUUCACCGAGGAACAGGCUCACUGGCAGAUUCCCAUGAACGAGGUCAACAUCGUCUGCGACGUCAUCACUGCUAACGAUUCCAUUUAUGUGGCCACAUGUAACCCUGUAUCGCUGUAUGCUAUGAAGGAGAAAGGAGACUCCGUCCAGUGCAUUGAGCUCUAUGACCUCUUCCCCCGGACCAUCAGUGGAGUCUGGCAGCCUUUUGUCUCUGUGGCGGCACUGGGCAAUCCGCUGCAGGACCAGGUGGUGCUCCAUGAAGAACAGGGAAAUACAGUGCUGCAUCUGGACCUGGUGACCGGUGCUGUGAGGAGACUGGUCCUGUCUCAGGACAAACAGGAGGAGCCACCACGCAAGACCUCAAACUGGUGGAGCAACAAAGAGAGUCAGCCAGCAUACAAAAUGUGCAAGGAGUUUGCCCACAAGAACUGGCUUCUCUUCUACAAAGAAAACGGGAGUCAGCUGGAUGUUGUUGAUGUGCUAGAAGGUCAGGUUCACACCAUCUCCCUCCCCAUCAAUCUCAAAGCUGUGUUCCUGGUGGCUGAAGACCGCUGGCUUCUUGUUGAGAGCAAGACUGACAGGAAGUUCCUGUUGACAAAGCCCAUGCACAUGGGUGCAGAGGACACGGGAGUGUGCCAGCUGCAUGCCAUCAGUGAAGACGCUGUUAACACUGGCUUUGGCACCAGCUCAGGGAUGGAAGCCACAGCUCCUCAGGAGGUAUCGAAUGAGCAGCUGCCCAAUGAGAACCUCAGCACUGCCCUGGGCCAGAAGAUCGUCUCUCCCAACCGCAUCCUCUGUGACACUAACACCUAUGCUAAUGUUAUCGUGGGCUUCCCAGACCUCAUGUCCCCUAACGAAGUGUACAGCUUUACGAGAUCUUCGCCCAUAACAGAGGGUCGGGGACCUGAUAUGUUUUUUGGGUCAAGUAAGCAAACCGGGCCAGCAAAGAGGGUCAACUGUGUCUGUCUGUUAAGUGCUAAUCAAGUGGUCCGAGCUCUGCCCCCUUCACAAGUCCCACUGACUGAGAUCUACCCCAAAGAUGUCACACCACCCAUGACUGUUGCUUACCUGGAAGUGACAGACCUUAACUCUAAAAAGCUCAAAUACAUUCCAGUGCCGAGGAGCAGCUCGAUGUCUCCAUACACCGUGUGGAUCUCAAAGGUCUCAGACACAGAUGUAGUGAUGGCUCCUCUGAGCUCUGGUGGGGUGGUGACUGUGGACAUGGGAGGCUACGUCAGACUAUGGGAAACAGGCCUGGACAACCUGCAGCGCUCUCUGCUGGAGUGGAGGAACAUGAUCGGAGCAGAGGAUGGCAGGCCAAUCCAGAUCACCAUUCAGAGAGACAGUGGACAAGAUGUCAGCUCCCCCAAACACGGCAAGAUUGACCCCAGAAAUGCCCCUCAUGUAGGGGGGAACCAGUGGGCUGGAGGCACAGGCGGCAGAGAUACAGCGGGUCUUGGCGGGAAAGGAGGCCCCUACCGUCUGGACGCCGGACACAAAGUUUACCAGAUUUCUCAGGCGGAGAAAGACGCCGUGCCUGUUGAGGUGAAGAGAGCAGCACGGGAGAUGGCUGAGAAGGUUUUUAAGCAGAGGCUCAAGGAAAUUGAGAUGAGUGAGUAUGAUGCCAGCACGUACGAGCGUUUCUCAGGAGCGGUCAGACGACAGGUCCAGUCGCUCCGCAUCAUUCUGGAUAGUCUGCAGGCUAAAGGGAAGGAGAGGCAGUGGCUGAGGAAUCAGGCUCUGGGUGAGCUAGACGAUGCUAAGAUCAUUGACGGCCUGACAGGAGAGAAAGCCAUUUAUAAACGCAGAGGAGAGCUGGAGCCAGAGUUGGGGUCUCCUCAGCAGAAGCCGAAGCGUUUACGUUUGCUAGCGGACGUCUCUGGCAGCAUGUAUCGCUUUAAUGGCGUGGACGGCCGUCUGGAGCGCUCCAUGGAAGCUGUGUGUAUGGUGAUGGAGGCUCUUGAGAGCUACGAGCACAAGUUUAAGUAUGAUAUUAUGGGGCACUCUGGAGACGGGUUUGACAUAGAACUGGUCAGAUGUGACAAAGUGCCCAAGAACAACAAGGAGAGGCUGAAGGUUUUGAAGACCAUGUAUGCCCACUCGCAGUUCUGCAUGAGCGGAGACUACACGCUGGAGGGCACCGAACACGCCAUGAAGGAGCUGGCGCAUGAAGAAGCCGACGAGCAUUUCGUCAUCGUGCUGAGCGACGCCAACCUGGAGCGCUACGGGAUCAGCCCCGACCGGUUCGCACGUGCCCUCACCAGUAACCCGCAGGUCAAUGCCUUCGCCAUCUUCAUCGGUUCCCUAGGAGAUCAGGCGGACAGACUCCAGAGGACUCUGCCGGCCGGACGAUCUUUUGUCGCCAUGGACACCAAGCAGAUCCCCCAAAUCCUUCAGCAGAUUUUCACAUCCACCAUGCUGUCCAGUGCCUGAGAGAACUCCAGUUGGGCGAAUCGCACUGAAAUUGGCAUGUCACUGAUGACAAGGAGCAACAAGUCGAAUCUCAUGAUAAAAAUUUCACUGGAAAA